AUGCAGAAGAGGGUGCUCGAAGGGGCGAAGAGUGGCACCACGAGGGAGCUACAGGCGCUGCUGGACGGCGGGGCUGGAGUUAGUGCGCAGGAUGAGGACGGGGCUACCGCUCUGCACUGGGCGGCCUGGAGGGGCCACAAGGGCGCUGUGAGGUGCCUACUGAAGGCCGGGGCGGCGGUGGAUGCCAAGACUAAGCUGCAGCUGACGCCACUGCACCUGGCCGCCAGCAAGGGGCACGCAGCCGUGGUGCGUCAGCUGGUGGCCGCCUCGGCCGACGUUAACGCGAGGAAUGUGGACGGGAUGACGCCGCUGCACAGGGCGGUGUUGGCAGGCCACACAGAGGCUGCCGAGGCGCUGUUGCGGGCGCGUUCGAAAAAGGGCACCCGGGACCAUCGUGGAAGGACGCCGCUGGAGCUCGCUGUGCAGUGCAACUACCACCAACUGGUGGACAUUCUGCAGUAG